AUCCAAAUCGUGCUCACCCCGGCGCGCAGGGUCAUCAGAACCUUGCGACCAACUCCUCAUCUCGAUCACCGCAGUGGCCGCAAGUCGCGGCAACUGUGAACUCGCCUGGUGUCCCUCCCCGGGGAUACUACAACUACCCAAUGAUGCCGCAAGGUCCCUACCAAUCCGGCCCCUACCCGCCCGCACCUUAUAGAUACAGGCCUUAUGGUGCAUGGCAGCCUCCACCGACAAGCGAUGCUACUGCCGCACUCGCUGGGCCUUCUGACAAGACUGAUGUCUUUGAAGAGGAUGACGCGAGUGACGAGCAGGACGCCGACCCUUGGGCUGGCAUUGAAGGAAUCGCGCCCGAUCAAUACAUGAAAUGCGCCAGAACAAUGCUCAAAAUGGCGCGAGAAGACCUCGAAAAGUUUCGCAAUAGCGGCAAAGAUAUGCCACCAGUAUCUGUGGCAGCAAGAGCGUUCCUCGACGAGAAGGCCCUCCCUGCAAUUCGUACGGAAUUUGACGAAAUCUACGCUACAUUCCAUGAGAGAAAAGCAGCAAUACUACGAGGACAUUUACGUCUUCAACACAACGAUCAGCUACCCGCAACCCCGACCCCUCUGACCCCCGUCGGACUCAGCCCACGGCCGAAACCCCAAAGCCCGCAUCCUACGGGUGUCCCUUCCCAUACUGAUGACCUCAAGUAUGCUGGACGCAGCCAGCAGUAUUGGAAAGGACGCGUCAAAAAACCGACAUUCAAGCCCUUCACCUCACCCCAUACCCUGAGCAAGCUCAAGCGAUAUCCUAUCCCUAUGAGCGAGGAUGACAAAAUGGGCAAGGAUUUGAAGGCCUCCCGGGUUGACUCGCAGGCAGAAUAUUCCCUGCCUCAAAGACAGCUGGAGGCACAACCGGACCAAGGAAGCGUUAGCGAUAACCUUAAAGCCUAACGCCUAUUCCCUUCCCAUACUCCUAUGGCCAGGUUUAACUUGGUCAAUUCAGAAUCUCUUCCAUACUUUCUAGGGUGCUUCCUGGUAAACAUAUCACUUCUGCUUCAAGGUAUCGUCCUUGAGGUCUCGCGUCGAUGCUAGGUAUUCCUGGUGAAUUUCUCACUCCUGGUUCAUGGCUUUUGCCAUGAGGUGCUAUUUUCUUUUGCUAGGUUUAUCCCAGUGUUUUCUUGCUUCAUGGUAUUACCAUGAGGUGUUGUUUUCUUGCUAGGUUAUCCUGGUUCUGUCUCACUACAUCCU